AUGGCAUCGAAAGCGCAACAACUUAGAAUUUUAGUUGCAAAAAAGGAGCAAUAUUUUCAAAGGUUGCAGAGAUUGUAUGAGAAUAGUCGCGAUAUAUCUUCUUCAGAAAAAUUGAAUAAUUUUCGGGUUAGAUACGAAACCUUGGCAGAUACAAAAACAAAAUUUUUAGACACCUUAGAUGAAAUCAAUAAACUUGAAUAUCAAAUUAGCGAAGAUCACGUCCCUAAUUACCAAGUAUUAGAAACAUUUGACCAAUUAAUUUGUCACAUAGAAUCGGUCGCGAAACGUGCAAUUCCCCCUGCUACUGCAUCGCCUUACGCUACAGGAUCAGAACCACAACGUGAUCUAGUCACAGCAAAAACAAUUCGGAAGUUACCAGAGUUGCCUCUGCCGAAAUUUAAUGGUAAUAUUAAAGAUUGGCCUUUGUUCAUAGAAAUUUACAACAAUAUGAUUCAUAACAAUAGAGAUUUAAACGAUGUCGAUCGUGUCAAUUAUUUGGUUGGGUGCUUGAGCGGCAGUGCGCUGUCAGUGUGUUCAGGUAUUCCCCCUAUUGGCGAUAACUAUCGAAUUAUUCUUAAGGCAUUGGUCGAUAAGUUUGAUGAUAAACGUUUAAUCGCAAAUUCAUACAUAGAGCAGUUACUUAAUUUUAAACAGGCUCAAGGAGAAACUUUCGCGUCGCUGAACUUGUUUAUAGAAACUUUUCAUUCAGCAGUAACGGCAUUGCGCAAAUUAGAAAUUGAGGACUUGGCUGAUUACCUUUUGUCUUAUCUCGCCUUUUCAAAAUUAAAUCCAGACACGCAAAGGUUAUUUGAAAAUACUCGCCGAAAAUCUGAAAUUCCGUCGUAUGACGAUAUUGUAACAUUCGUUAAAGAACAAGCAAAGAUAUGCGCCCGUACUAAUGCUCCUUCAAAAAUACCUUCCAUGGCUGCUAGUUUUAAACAUGCUUCUAGUCGAGAUUGUAGUAGUAUCAAUAAAGCAAAAGCGCCUCAUUCGUUCGUAGUUCAAGACAACACCACUGUAAAAUGUGGAAUUUGUAAAUCUGCUGCACAUGUAGCUUGCAUGUGUCCCACCUUUUUAGAAGUUAGUCCGCAAGAGCGUUAUCAAUUAACCAAAACUAACAACUUGUGCCUGAAUUGUUUGGCAUUUCAUAAGAUCGCAAAUUGUAAAAGUACGCAAUCUUGUAAAGUGUGCAGAUCACGACACCAUACUUUGCUGCAUUUUAGGUCUCCUGGUAAGAAUGUAUCCGAUUCUGUACUGGAAAAAACGGCAGGCAAACCCGUCGAGAAUCAUAAUCCUGCCGAAGCGAACACUAGUAUUAGUACCACUUUAAAUUAUUGUAUUGCAGACAAUAGGCCUCUUCCACAAGCCAUUGUGUUAGCCACCGCAAAGGUUUACGUUUUUAACGGAGACGAUGCUUAUAGGGAGGUACGUGUUCUUAUAGAUAGUUGCAGCCAAGGGAAUUUUUUGACCUUAGAAAUGUGUCGCAAACUAAAAUUAAAAAUGUCUAAAUAUAUUGGAUUAGUACGUGGCAUAGGAUCUGUAAAUAGCAACAUCAUUGGUUUAGCACAAGUGGUAAUUGGAUCUAGGUUUGAUGCAACAAAACGUUAUUCAUUGGAGGUAUUCAUUGUAGAUAAUAUUGCUAACACGUUGCCAAAUUCGGAGAUUAAUAUUGAUUGUUUAGGAUAUUUAAAGUCAUUACCAUUAGCGGACGAUAAGCUUCACAUACCCGCCAAAGUUGACGGAAUAAUUGGAGCAGGACUAUUUCCUUAUUUGUUGACAGACACCCGAAUUAUAGGUCCACCUAAUUUACCCAUUGCCGUCGGAACCACUCUUGGAUUUGUUGUGAUGGGCACUGCCCCAGUCACCGCCCCAGCAUUAUCGCCGUCUAAUUUUUGUGCUGUAGUUGAACAUUCCCUUGAUAAUUUAGUUGAACGGUUUUGGGAAUUUGAAGAUAUUCCAACGAUAUCGGUGGCUAAACCCGAUGAUUUAGCUUGCGAAAAUAUUUAUCAAUCUACUUAUAGCCGUGAUAGUAAUGGUCGAUUCACAGUGGCAUUACCUUUUAAAUAUAACAGUAGUAAUUUGGGCGAGUCACGUGCAACUGCGCUUCGCAGAUUCCUCACAUUAGAAAAUAAAAUGAUAAGGAAUGAAGAGUUUAGAAAUAAAUAUUCGGACAUUAUACGAGACUAUAUAGCGCAAGGCCACAUGUCAAAAGUUUCUCAUAGCAAUGGCGAUAGUAACUACUUUAUUCCUCAUCACGCAGUACUGAAAUCUUGCUCUACUAGUACACCCAUUAGGAUAGUAUUCGAUGCUAGUUGUAAAACAGAAAGCAAUUAUUCUCUUAAUGAUUUGUUAUAUACUGGAGAAAAAUUACAAUCGGAUAUACUGACAACCCUUUUAAAUUUUCGUUUAUUUCAUGUAGCUUUUACAGCAGAUUUGAAACAGAUGUAUAGGCAAAUUAUGGUACAAGAAUCUGAUAGAAAUUUUCAAAAAAUAUUAUGGCGAUUUUCCCCAAAUUCACCCAUAGACGUUUACCAACUAAACACGGUUACUUUUGGAAUUAAAUCUUCCCCAUUUUUAGCUCUUAGAUGUAUUCGACAACUAAUUCAUGAUGAAAAGGAAUCGCUGCCUAUCGCUGCGGAGAUUGUCCAGCGAGACAUGUACGUGGAUGACUUGGUAUCCAAUAUUGAUUCCGCUGAAUUAGCUAUACCCGUUUAUCACCAAUUAGUAGAGUUUUUUCGUAGAGGUGGUUUCCAGUUAACGAAGUGGGCCACCAAUUCCCGUGACUUAUUAUCUGAAAUUCCAACAGAACAUUGCUCAACGCAGACAGUCGAUUUCGAUACAGAAUUUUUAAAAGUUUUAGGACUGCAAUGGCAACCUAUUACAGAUACGUUUUGUUUUUCAUUUCAGUUAAUAAAUUCUAAAUGCACAAAGAGAAAUAUUUUAUCAAUGGUUGCUCGUUGUUACGACCCAAUAGGUUUUCUCGCCCCAGUGACCCUUUUUGCAAAAUUACUUAUCAAGGAGCUGUGGAUUCUUCAAUUAGAUUGGGAUGAGACGCCUCCACCUACAAUUGUAAAUCGUUGGAUACUAUUUAAAAAUACGUUACCAUGUUUAUCCCAGUUUAGCAUUCCUCGUCACAUCGGCACAAAGUUGAAUGAUAGUGUUGGAUUAAUUGGAUUUUCAGACGCAUGUGAAACUUCUUUUGGAGCGGUUAUUUAUAUACGCAUCGUAAAUUCCGAUGGAGUUGUACAAGUUAAUCUUCUAUGCGCCAAGAGUAAAGUUUCACCCCUCAAAUUUGUAUCGAUUCCCCGCUUAGAACUUUGCGCUGCGCAUCUUUUAGCAAAACUCUUUAGUUACGUUCGUAAUUGCUAUCAAUCUCGUUUGAAAAUAACUCACUUAUAUGCUCUUUCGGACUCAACUGUAACUCUUAGUUGGAUUAACACGCAUCCUUCCAAAUUAAAGACCUUCGUUAGUAACCGCGUGACGCAGAUUCAAGCAUUAGUCGGUUCAACUUGCUGGUUUCAUGUCAGUGGAAAAGAAAAUAUUAGCGAUGGAUUGUCUAGGGGCAUGACCCCGCCGCAGUUUAUAGAACAUAAUAUAUGGAGAACGGGACCCAAUUGGUUAAAAUUGAAUCCAGAGCAAUGGCCAAUUACAACCCCUUCUUUGGUUACAAAUUCUCUAGAAACCCAAAAUUUUUCCACGAUUGUCGCUCCCAUAGACGAAAAUCCAUUGUAUCUUUUAAUCAAGCGAUUCUCUUCGUGGACUAAAUUGUUACGUACCACUGCUAUUGUUCUACGCUUCUUAAAACGCUUGCCGGGCAGAGGUCAACUAACCGCUGUAGACUUGGAAACCGCAGAAAAUGUUUUAUUACAAAUAGUCCAAAAGAGACAUUUUAUAAACGACAUUCGUUUACUAGAAAAUACAGGCACUUGUUCAGCAGUACUUGUUAAAUAUAGACCGUUCCUAAGAGAUGGCUUACUGAGAGUUGGCGGGCGAUUGAAAAUUCACAAUUAA